AUGGCUGGGCUUUUCCAGUCCUUUCGGAGCUCCAACAUGCCCAAGCGGCUGUUGCGAUAUGCGUUAUCGCGGCUGGAGCUCCUCGACUCUGACGCUUUAGACAUGGACAAUCUAGAUCUUGCGAUAGGUAGAAAUACAGUCUUCGAAUUUAGAGAUGUUGGAGUUCAGCUAGAUAAACUGGAGAAGCUGCUGAAACUGCCCGAGACGUUUGCGCUACAGAAAGCCAAGGUCUUACUCCUCCGAGUUACCAUCCCGAUGGACUUUUACACGAGCCCUAUAUCUAUCGAAGUUGAUGGCGUGGAUGUCAAGUUGAGAGUGGUAGCAUCCAAUGCCAAGUCCAAAUCGGGCCAUUCAACCACGACAGCCAACAACGGCGACGACGCCUCGGCAGUCCCGAAUACCGUCGACCUUGCGCAAUCAUUCCUCGAAACGCAACCAUCAUCAGAGCGAAGAAAGCUUGAAGCGGCGCUAGCUGCAGAAACACAAGAUCUCGGCGCAUCCGUUUCCAUGAGUGAUGACGGCGGCGAAGACGAGCCGGUCGUAGGCACUGGGCAACCUCUGUCACUGCCUGGCUUCCUGGCUGGGUUUUUGCAAGGAAUCGUUGAUCGGAUGCAGAUAAGGAUAAAAGGCGUUGGAUUCCAACUAGAUAUGGAUAUCCCAGUGGAUAUGAGUUCAUCAACGACAGAGCCGGUGUCUUUUCAAAUAGCCUUGGAGGGCAUCGACAUCGAGGGUGUUACCACGAGGAGUGAAGAUUCUCAAGCGUCCACAGCAGCAGCGCCCAAGGAAGGGAAGCGGCAGAUCUCUCUGGACAAUGUCCGCGCCUAUCUCAUUUCCGAAGCCAACGUCUUUUCAACCUUGACACGAUCAUCAUCCAUGACUUCGCCCUCGGCAGCAUCUUCGCCUCUUAAUACAAGGAAUCCGCCUUCGAGGCAAGCUACAUCCUUCAACCCAUCUAUCCAAUCUCUGCAUUCGAGCUUUAUAGAGCAAAUGGCCGAGUUAGAUCGACCCAGCUAUCCUUUGGGGGAUAGCGAGGAGGCUCUUGGAAUCCCAUACGAGCUCGACGACUACCAUGAUGAGGGCGUACCUGAUGACGAAUGCCCCUCGACUCCCCGCGCCUCGCAAUCCCGGGAGUUCAACUCCCCUGAGAACGCAGUAUUCCACUCACCUGAGGACCCUGAAUCACAUUCCUCCUCACUGUCAAGGAGAUUGUUUGAUAACGGACUCUCAAGAUCGCAAGACUUGGAGGAGCAGAACUCAUUGUCAAUCUAUUCCUUAUCGCGGCAGCGAGAAGAUUUCGAAUCGUCUUCUGUUCACGGCGUUCAUUCCACAGAGUUGAGGCCCGAGGAUCAAUACGGGCCAGGGAACUUGGCCGAGGAUCUUUCACAAUCCCAUCUGUAUACUCAUGAGGAAGCUGAAAGCAUGUAUAUGAGUGCUUUCUCAAAAGCAGAAAGUCAAGCUGACAUAUCAGAACUCGAAAUCUCCAAACACUCGCCUCCUCCAACUCCUCAGCCACAGCCGGCUCCCGAAUCUGAGGCCGAGCCCAAGGCCGAGCCCGAAGUUGAGCAAGAGAAGCCAAGCUCUCCGGCAAUUAAACCAGCCCCAACGGUUGAGGAAAGGGACGGCCCGAUGGAAAUCGAAGAGGAGCCGCAACCCGAGGAUGUGGCGACUCCAAAAGGGCCAACACGAGUUGUCAAGGAAAUUCUACACCUCCAGUCAAUUUCCGUGUACAUACCAACAACACAUCAGCAUAUCGAAAUGGAAGAAGAUACCUCUGAAUCGGUUGCUGAACUUGCUCGGGCCAUGAGCAAUUCCGUCUAUCCUCAGGCGCCCGGAGCCUUCUCCGUGCAUGCGCCAGCAUCUGGCUCUGUGUUUGAUCACAGACCUCACAUACGACGAACUCAGAACGUUGACAAUGUUUUGGAAGUGGAUUUGUCUCCAGUCUCGAUUCGCUUUGACGCGUCAUUGGCGUUUGUGCUUGCCAUGAUUGUUGGAAAACUGCUCGAGGCAGUGAAGAAUGACAAUCCAGUCAAGGUUCCAAGUAAGGGUGCUGAUAAUGCACAACAGCCAGAGAAGGUGCCCGAAAUCAAGGUGACGGUGAAGGAGAUAUCUUUGGAUUUUUUGAGUCGACUUAGUGGAGUGACAGACACUCCUCAUCGCCAUCUCGACCCCUCGGCAUUCAUGUUUGACCACGAGGUUCUUCUCAACGCAACACUGGGCAAUUUAGCCAUUUCCCAGGAUGCCAUCCAGACAACGAUUGAUCUGCAGACUUUCCGAUUCGGAUACACCAACGACGAUAUCAUCUCCUUUGACAAAGCUAGACCGAUGAGUACGUCUGUGAGAGAUACAUUUCUCUCAAACGGCUAUGAUAUCGGCAUUAAGAUGACACAAGCCAAGGACAGCGUCAAAACGGAGAUUGAGACGCUGCCAUUGGCUGUACAUGUGGAUUUGCAAAGACUGGAUGAGACAUUUAGCUGGUUCGGUGGUCUAAGCAGCUUUCUCAACAUGAGUGCCUCCAUGACUUCCAGUCCAUCACCCACGCCCAAACCACCGCCGAAGCCAGCAUCAACCCAGCGGUCAAGAGGUGUACGAUUUGAUACGCCUAUUAACCCAGACGACAAAUCUGCUGCUUCCGAAAAUAAGAUCAAUAUGCGGAUAGGUGGUUCCUACAUCGAGCUUCUAGGCAAAGAAUGUAGCUUCAUCGCGGAGAGCAAUGCUAUCAAGCUUAUCAGCAGGGAAGAAGGCGUUGGAGUGGGGUGUAGCAUGAUGCGCGUGUCUGGCCCGUAUAUAAAGAAUUCCAUGGCAGAUCCUGCAAUCAACACGGAGAUUAUUGGCGUGCGGUUGGAGUUUGUGACAACUCCAAACGAUUCAGACCUUGAGAAACUGCUUGGGUUAAUCACGCCCUCCAAGGCCAAGUUUGAUCACGGAAGCGACGAGAUCAUGGUUGACACUCUGAUACGGCAACGAAGAAAAGGUUCGGUGCUUAGGGUCGGGGUGGAAACCUUGAAUGUGCGUGUGAAAAACUUGGCUCAGCUCGAGGUUCUUCCAACACUGGGUGAGGAAAUGGCCAAGCUGUCUACUGUGGCGAAAUAUCUCCCAGAAGACGAUAGGCCUGGACUCAUGACCCUCGCAAAAAUCAAUAAACUUGGCGCAAGCGUCGACAUUGGUGGAACCCUUGGACAUCUCAGCAGUGACAUCAAAGAGCUCGAGGCUGCGCAUAUUACUGUUCCAUCUCUGGUGGCCAUUGCAGUGUCUGGGAUAUCUAUCAAGCGCAACAAGACUGAAGAGCUCGUCAGUUCCUCAGUUUUAUAUCCUUCGGCUGAGAUUGCGAAUCGCGGGCCGGUUAUCAUGGCAAGAAUGAUUGGAGACGACAUUGAGCCCGUUGUGAAGCUGAACCUACAAGAUAUAAGUAUCGAAUACCGCGUUCCGACAAUUAUGGACAUCCUUGGUCUGGCCAACGACGCUACUCCGCAGGACUUUGAAGAAAGCCUUGCCGCCUCAGUUGCCAGUCUUGGCGAUCAAGCCCACGCAGCUCUAGCACGACAGCAGCCCCCAUCGCCGACACAGUCCACCACAAAGCAGGGUAAACCGAUGACUCUGGAUGUAUCAUUCCGAGACUGCCUUAUUGGCCUAAAUCCCCUUAACCAAAAAUCGAAGAUGGUCAUUGUAUUUACAGACGCUCGCCUUGCAGUAGUCCUUCCCAAGGAUGAGGUUACAAACGUGACUCUCGACGUUAACAAAGCAUCGAUUCUAUUGACGGAUGAUGCCUCCCUAAGCACAUCAGACCACCGCGUCUCCUCACGCGCAAGGCGCCGAGCGUCCUCUUCGGCAUCCCCUCAAGUAGUUUCAAUGUGUGCUCAAGGGUUCGUGGACAUUUGCUACAUGUCUUCAGCAAAGGUCACUGUCAGUGUCGCCCCAAAUGUGGAUGGCGAGAAGCAGGUGGAAAUUGAAGUCCGAGAUGACCUUUUGGUGCUGGAAACUUGUGCAGACUCAACUCAAACUCUCAUAAGCUUGGCAAAUGCCCUGUCACCACCAACCCCGCCAAGCAAGGAAAACAAGUACAGGACCAAAGUAAUGCCUGUGCAAGACCUGCUUGCGUCGAUUUCAGCCGAGGCAUUUGGUAAACCUGAAGGGGAAUAUGACUUUGACCAAGACUUUGCGGGUGCGCAGGAGAUGGCCAGGAGUCAGUCCGAUGUUGAUUUUGGAAAUGACUCUCUUCGCGUUGAGUCACAAUUUUACGGAGAUGAGCUGGGGGGAGAAGAACUGUUUGAUGCCAUGAAGCUUUCCGUCACAUCACAAGAUCCGAGGAUGCAGGGUACCAACUCUGGAAUGUUUACCACUGGACUUGAGACCUCCACCAGCUACAUCUCGGAAGACAGUGAUGAUUUGGUGAUUCACGACGACUUCUACACCGUAAACACGUCUGAGGAGCCCACCGCCAAAAUCUGGAAUUCAAACAAGAAUACGUACGACAAGGCUCCCGUCAACUUGGUGAAACGCAGCCCUCUCAAAGUGUCUGUGAGAGACGUCCACCUCAUCUGGAACCUGUUUGACGGCUACGACUGGACUCACACACGCGACAUUAUCAGUAAAGCCGUCCAUGAUGUAGAGGCAAAGGUGUAUGAACGCCAAGCACGACUCAGCGGGCAGCAGAUUUACGAAGAAGAAAUUGAAGAUGAAGAGACGAUUGGCGACUUCUUGUUCAAUUCCAUCUAUAUCGGAAUUCCAGCCAACCGAGAUCCGCAGGAGUUGGCUCGUGCGAUUAACGAAGGUCUUGCUGAUAACGCAACGGAAACAGAGUCAGUUGCUACAACGGCGGUGACGGCCACGACGAAUCGGACCAUGCGUCGAGGAUACCCCAAGUCACGGCGCCUAAAGUUGCAACGAAGCAAGCACCACAAGAUCACCUUUGAGCUCCAAGGCGUCAACGUCGACAUGGUUGCAUUCCCCGCUGGAGCUGGAGAAACGCAGAGCAGUGUCGAUGUUCGGGUCCAGAACCUUGACAUUUUUGAUCAUGUGCCUACAUCGACAUGGAAGAAAUUUGUAACGUACGAUCAAGAUCAGGGCGAGCGUGAGAUGGGAACCAGCAUGGUGCAUCUUGAGCUCCUUACGGUGAAGCCGCUACCGGAGCUGGGAGCAUCAGAGAUUGUGCUCCGAGCAACUGUGUUGCCCCUGAGACUCCAUGUCGACCAAGAUGCCCUCGACUUCAUCACUCGCUUCUUUGAAUUCAAAGACGAUAGCGUUCCGGUGCACUCAUCGCCCAGCGAUGUUCCCUUCCUUCAAAGGGCCGAGGUGAUGGACAUCCCAGUCAAGCUAGACUUUAAGCCGAAACGAGUAGACUAUGCUGGCCUCCGGUCCGGGCACACGACUGAGUUUAUGAACUUCAUUACGCUGGAAGAGUCUAGAAUGGUCCUCCGGCAUGUGAUCAUUUACGGAGUCACUGGCUUUGAUCGGUUUGGCAAGACGCUCAACGACAUUUGGUCACCCGAUGUCAGAAAUAACCAGCUUCCAGGUGUCGUGGCAGGUCUAGCGCCCGUGAGAUCCUUGGUCAACAUUAGUAGCGGCUUCAAAGAUUUAGUUGAAAUUCCCCUCAAGGAAUACCAAAAGGAUGGCCGCAUCAUUCGAAGCAUAUCCAAGGGAGCCGCAGCCUUUGCUCGCACCACUGGAACCGAACUGGUCAAAUUUGGAGCGAAACUAGCCGUCGGUACGCAGUAUGCUCUACAAGGGGCGGAGGAGAUGCUCAGCGGUGGGGCUCGGCCUGAGGAGGACUGGGAAGACGAUGAUUUGGAUGCGGAUGACAAGAAGCAAAUCUCGCUGUAUGCGGACCAUCCCACGGGUGUGAUCCAAGGCAUCCGUGGUGGUUAUAGAUCGCUUGCCAGGGAUGUGAACCUAGCGCGAGAUGCCAUCAUUGCCGUACCAGGCGAGGUGAUGGAGAGCCAGUCAGCUAGCGGCGCUGCCAGAGCGGUCCUGAGACGAGCGCCAACUAUCAUCUUCCGACCUGCAGUGGGCGUGACCAAAGCCAUUGGGCAGACAUUGAUGGGAGCAACGAACUCGAUUGACCCGCACAAUCAACGCAGAAUUAAUGAGGUAAGGCCCUGCCCACUAGACAUUUGUAUUGAAAGGAUACAUUGGCUAAUGAUAUGA